UCCCUGUUGCACCGUGAAGAUCACCGUUGAAGCGUGUGCGUGUUUAAGCCGAACCGCCCCUGCUGUCGCGUACCGCCUCGAGACAACUUCCCGUUUCGGAGAUAAAGUGUAAGAAGAGUGAAGCGAAAAAAAAGGCAUUAAGUACUACACACCUGAAGUUAUUUUGUGCAAUUACCAAUCUAUGUGACAGUCAUCGAUAGCGCCUGGCCGAGCGGAUCCGAUAGGCAGGCGGGUAAUUAAAUGUUAAUUAGACCGCCGCCGAAAAAGGAUUCUGCCUCCGUCUAGGGUUGGCGAAUUAUAUCGAUUAAUUGUGGGAAUUUGCAAUUUUUGUGAAUACAUGUAUGAUUCAAUGUUGCAUUAUUCAUCUGAUCUAGAAAGAUCUCGCCUGUAGUUUAGAGAGAAAUGGACAGACAGUGUUAAAGUAAAAAUAGAUGGGAAAAUUUUGACGUGCGAGCGACCCACUGCCCACUUUAUUCUGGUGGUUUCCUCGCGCGCGCGUGGGAGAGAAUUUUGGAAAGAUUUAUCAUCCCAUAAUCUGCCCGCGCCAUCGACCGGUCUGGCUGGAGAACGCAUAUUUUCGCUAACUUUGUGUGAAAAUGGGCAAAACUCCCGCCAUUGGAAUCGAUCUCGGAACGACCUACAGCUGUGUCGGAGUCUGGCAGCAUGGCAAGGUGGAAAUUAUUGCUAAUGACCAGGGAAAUCGGACCACACCGUCGUACGUUGCCUUCAACGACACUGAACGAUUGAUCGGCGAUGCAGCCAAGAAUCAGGUGGCAAUGAAUCCAAAGAACACGGUUUUCGACGCCAAACGACUGAUCGGUCGUCGCUACGAUGAUUCGAAGAUACAGGACGACAUGAAACACUGGCCCUUUACCGUGGUUAACGACGGUGGCAAACCGAAGAUCCAGGUCGAAUUCAAGGGCGAAACGAAACGGUUCGCCCCGGAGGAGGUCAGCUCGAUGGUGCUGACCAAGAUGCGCGAAGUGGCGGAAGUCUACCUGGGCGGCAAGGUGACGGAUGCGGUGAUCACCGUGCCGGCCUACUUCAACGAUUCCCAGCGACAGGCUACCAAGGAUGCCGGUGCCAUUGCCGGGCUGAACGUGAUGAGAAUCAUCAACGAACCCACGGCUGCCGCCUUGGCCUAUGGUCUGGACAAGAACUUGAAGGGUGAGAAAAACGUGCUGAUCUUUGAUCUAGGAGGCGGCACUUUCGACGUCUCGAUUCUAACAAUCGACGAAGGAUCCCUGUUCGAAGUGAAAUCGACCGCCGGUGACACCCAUCUGGGUGGAGAGGAUUUCGACAAUCGCAUGGUCAAUCACUUUGCGGAAGAAUUCAAGCGCAAGCACAAGAAGGACAUGAGCGGAAACGUGCGGGCUCUGCGUCGGUUGCGUACGGCUUGCGAACGGGCUAAGCGAACCCUUUCGUCGAGCACGGAAGCUUCGUUGGAAAUUGAUGCUCUACAUGAGGGUAUUGAUUUUUAUUCAAAAAUAACACGUGCUCGCUUCGAAGAACUUUGCAUGGAUCUAUUCCGCUCGACGCUUGCUCCAGUGGAGCGUGCCUUGGGUGACGCCAAGCUGGACAAAGCCUCCAUCCACGAUGUUGUUCUCGUUGGUGGUUCCAUUCGUAUCCCGAAAAUUCAAAAAAUGCUGCAGGACUUUUUCUGUGGAAAAGCUUUGAACUUGUCCAUCAAUCCAGACGAGGCGGUGGCAUACGGAGCGGCCGUACAAGCUGCGAUUCUCAGUGGGGACGGAAGUUCCCAGAUUCAAGAUGUACUACUGGUAGAUGUAACACCACUAUCGUUGGGAAUCGAAACGGCCGGAGGUGUCAUGACUAAAAUCAUCGAACGCAAUUCCCGCAUCCCUUGCAAGCAGCAGCAAACUUUCACAACAUACAGCGACAAUCAAAAUGCCGUCUCUAUUCAGGUGUUCGAAGGAGAGCGUGCCAUGACCAAGGACAACAAUCUACUCGGCACGUUCAAUCUAACCGGAAUACCACCCGCUCCGCGCGGUGUUCCGAAAAUUGAAGUAACCUUCGAUUUAAAUGCCGACGGUAUUCUAAACGUAUCGGCAAAGGACAACAGCACCGGCAAACAGGAGAAGAUCACCAUCAAAAACGACAAAGGACGCCUGUCGAAGGCCGACAUUGAUCGAAUGCUUUCCGAGGCGGAAAAGUACCGCGAAGAAGACGAACGACAGCGGGAAAAGGUAGCCGCUAGGAACCAGCUAGAGGGUUACAUUUUCAACUGCAAACAGGCCGUCGAAGAUGCCCCGGCCGGGAAAUUGUCGGACGCUGACAAGCAAACGGUGAAGGAUAAGUGCGCUUCGGAGAUGUCUUGGCUGGACGCGAACACGCUAGCCGAGAAGGACGAGUUCGAGCAUCAUCUGAAGGAAUGUCAACGCGUUUGUGGUCCGAUUAUGGCGAAAAUGCAUCAAGCCGGUGCAAGUGGUGAGGCCGGAACUGCCGGCGGUAAGGGACCGACCGUCGAGGAAGUCGAUUAAUGGUUGAGGUAUUAUUUAGUAUCGUUCGUUCUACUUGUGUUGGUUCGUUCAGCAAAUUUCGGUCAUCUACACAUAUUUAUGUUUUCGAACUCCAUUGAGGAAAGCCACUAACAAAGUUAUUGACGCUUACGUUGUUUGAUUGUGCUUCAUAUUUAUGCAUUUACAUUGGGGUAUUAUUUAUAGCAUAAUAAAAUCGUACUAACGC